AUGUCUUCUCUCUCCGACCAGCAGCCUGGAUCCUCGUUCUCAGAGUUCUCUGAGCUGUGUGCGGUGCCGGCAGCCCUGCCCCCCCAGAGCUGGGACUGGCAGCGCCCGCUGGACAUGGGCCCCCCGCAGGGCUUGGUGGUGGAUGGAGGACUCUCAGAUGAAGAUAAGCUGUGCUUCUUUGAGCAGCCGGGCCAGAAUUCGGAGCUGAAGGUGCCUGGCAGGGCGGGGGGGCUCCCGGGCAGCUCCUCACUGGGUCAGGCCUCACUGGGCAGCGCGGGGGAGAGCCCGGACAGCCCGCUGUCCUCCUCCCCAUCUCCCUCUCCAGCAUCUCCAGGAAGGCUCCAGUCCUCUCUGGGAUGUGGGGGCAGCAGCACGGUCUACCUGCCCCCAGUCACCGAGUCUCCCUCCAGCCCUGUGGAGGUCAGACCCGCCCCUGAUGCAGCCCACCCCCCCUCUGCUGGAGGCUCCCUCCUCAAAGCUCCAGCAGAUGAAGACUCUCCUUCAGCACCAGGGAAGGAGUCCAGCUCAAAGGAGCCUCCACACUACUGUGUGGGGGGGGCUCCAUAUGAAGAGCAUCUGCAGAGCAGUGAGGAGGUCCCCCCUGGGCCUGAGGAUGCCUGGGGGGGGCAGGAGCUAUCAGAGGGCUCUUUAAUGAAAGACUGUGUGGAGGAUGAAGAAGAAGCGGAGGAGCUGGAGCCCUGCCUGAUGGGACGAGCUCAGCAGCAGAGAAGAGCGAUGAGGCGGGCUAUACACCAGGCUGAGGGCUGGGCUGAGUCCGACCCCCUGCUGUCACCCCUGGCCGGUCCUCGCCGCUCAUCACACUCCAUGAAGCGCUCGCUGACCGUUGCAGAAGAUCAGCCUCCCACCCCCCCUCCCACCCUCUCAACGGCUGGAGCCACACACAGCGACCUGCGGCUCGCCCCACCUGACCCCCGGUCCGGCCUCUGCCCGCCUCCACCUCUGAGGGAUGCCAGUGUCCCACUGUUGGAGGCCCCGGGGGAGGCCGGGUCUGGGGAGGCCGGGUCUGGGGAGGCCGGGUCUGGGGAGGCCGGGUCUGGGGAGGCCGGGUCUGGGGAGGCCGGGUCUGGGGAGGCCGGGCCGGGGGGCGUUGUGCUCCCGGUACCCCUCACCCCCCCGGGCUCCAGCAGCCGGGACAGCAGCUCUGCUCUGACCGUGGCCUCUGAGACCCAGGGCGCGGAAGCGGCCACCAGAUUGGAGGACAGUAGAUGUAGAGACAUGGAGGAGGAGGUCAGGCCAGAUGCCGGCUCAGACUUUGGCUCAGGAAACGGGGCCGCUGUGAGAAUGGAGGUUUGUGAUGGUGACCUUGCAGCUGCUGGGCAGAGCAGGCAGGAUUCGAACUCCAACACUAACCGGUUUAUCCUAGACGAUGAGUGCUUGUUAUACUCCCAGUGGAGGCAGACAGAGGCCAGACAGCUGAAAACAGGCCACAAAUGUCGGCCGUCUGAGUCCAAACAAGUCAAAUCUGACAAGAUGGAGAGGAAGGAAGAGAAGCUUGAGGAGAACGUAAAGAAAGUGGAACCGACUGACUCCAUGAGUGAACCUGAGCAGAGGGGUGUUAAAGUGGAAUACGCACGCACUGAAACCCCAGCAAAGGGGGAGAAAGUUAUCGAAAAGGACAAAGAGAAAGAAAACACUGAGUCAAAAAGACUUAAAGAUGAGAACCAAGCAGACAAUACUAAGGACACUGAGAAAAAGGAAGAAAAGGCAAAUGACCAAGAAACAGAAAUGGGUAAAGAAACCAAGAGGCAGAAAGAUGAAUUCAUUCAGCCCAGUGAUCAAAAAGAGGACAAAAUGCACAAAGAAGAAGCAUCAAAUGUCAACAUGGGCAAGCCAGAGAAGCUAGCCGAAGUGGAAAUGAUGAACAAAGGUGAGAAAGCAGAUUCCGUAGAAAAGAUGGAGGAAAAGGAGAAAUCUAAAGUGGAAGAAAAAGCCCAGGGAGCAGAGGCAAAGAAAUCAGAGGUGAAGGAAGACAAAGAGCAGCACACUGACGGGGCGGAAACAGCCCCAGCCCAACCGCUGACACCUGUCAAACCCCACGCCAGCGGGGAUGUGACGGAGAAGAUGGCUGAGGAAAAGACGGAGGAGAAGGAAGAGCCCCGGACAGAGAAGGCUGACAAAGAGGAAACCAAGAAGACAGAUGACGAGGCAAGCAGGCCUGAGCCGCCCGCAGGAAAAGUGUUAGAGAAGACUGAAAAGGAGGAGAAGCCGGACAGAAACGCUGCUGAAAAGAAGGCUGACAAAAAGGAGAAGCCUGCCAAAGCAGACGCAGCAGAGAAGGCCAGGAGAGCGGCGAAGCCCCCGGGGAGUGCAGGCAGCACGGCCCCCAGCAGAGACCCCCCCGCUGCAGACAGGAAGACCAAGGUAGGGUUCUGCUCCUCUGGAGCCUGUGCGGCCUCCCCCGGUCCUCCAGCCACAGCCGGCCCAUGGGCCUCCCUGGUUCUGGUUCUGGUUCUGGUUCUGGUUCUGCCUGCUGCUGGGGGGGCUAAACCAGGCACCACCGCCAAAGUGCGGCCAACAAACAUGGCUGCUGGUGUUUCAGCCAUUGCUAAGCGCCCCGCAGCCUCCUCCAACCCCACCACCUCAGACAAAAAACCCUCCACAUCCAAGGCACCAUCCACAAUCCCUGUGGGGCCUAAGAGGCCCUCUGCCACUUCCAUCAGCCGCCCAUCCUCCUCCUCCACCUCCACCUCGCGAGAAGUUAAGCCCAAGGUGACCACUGACAAGCGCCCCCUGGUGCCAAAGGUCAGCACUGCCACCUCCAAUCCGUCUGGCUCCAGCAGAACUGGAACCACCACCACAGCCGCCAGCAGACCGGCUCCCCGCCCGGCUGCCUCCGCCCGCCCCCCCGCCGCCGCCGCUCUGGCCAGAAAGCCUCUGGCCACUAAAGCGGACAGUAAGCCGGGAGAGGAGAAGAAGCCCGGCACAAUGGAUUUAAAUAUGGCUACAGGAGAAGUGUCAGCACCAGUGGGACACAGCAGUACAGGCUCAAACAGAGAGGGCUGUCUGGAUUUCAACCCAUCAGGCAGCAGCCUGGAUUACGGGGCUGCUGCUGACAGGCUUUCACAGCUCUGGGUGAUUCUCCUAAGCCUAGGACCACCAGCGGCCCCCCCCGCAGCACCACCUCCACCUCCAGCUCCGCGGCUGCUCGCCCCCGCCCCCCCCCAGCCAGAGCGGCCCCCGCCGCCUCAGGCCCGGCAGCAGAGAAGAAGCCCCUGGUGCCCCGCGUCCCCCGGGCCGCCCCCCCCCCCCCCCCCCGGCCGCCCCCCCGCCGCCCGCCCCUCCUCGGCCCCGGCUCCUGACAUCCGCAACGCCCGCUCCAAGAUCGGGUCCACGGACAACAUGAAGCACCAGCCCGGAGGGGGCAAGGUGGGUGCUGCUGCCCCACGGCCGGCCUCUGACCGGGGCCGGGCUCUGACCGGGGCCGGGCUCUGA